GCUCGCAGAUCCAGAUUACCUCAAAUACAACACUCACCUAGUUCAGAGAUGGAAAUUGGUCUGGUAAGCCUUAGUGUAAUGCUGUUUAAUGAACUAGAUUACUGAGUGGGUCUUUUGCAGACUCAAAAGGACCUUUGAGAUUGCGCCCGUGCUCUAGUCACCUUCGAAAAAAUGUUUAACUUCCCGUGAUCAAUGUUCUUAUUAUUUGAUUCACUUAGUCGCAUUCAACUGCUAGAUUGAUAUCUCUUUGUCAUAGAAAGCUAAUCAACUUAGUGAGCACACCAAAUAUUCUUAAGGAGCAUCUUAUUACAUCACAUUUUGUGGAUGAUUAAUUUAAUUGUUAAGUAAAUGUUCGAAGCAAAGUAAAAAAAUUAAAUAUGUGUUUGCAUCUCAAACCAUAAACUCCGCUUAACAAGAGUGCGUUUAGAAUAAGAGAGUUUAUCAAGGUGUAUCUAACAAAAGUGGGUUUUACAACGGUGUGUUUAAGAACAGCAAGCAUGCAACUCUGGGUUGAACAAUAGUGCGUUUAACAACAGUGUGUUUGUCAACAGUGUGUUUGACAACAGUGGGUUUGAGAAAGGGGGGGUUUGACAAAAGGGGGUUUGACAACAGUGGGUUUGACAUCAGUGGGUAGUGAGUUUGACAACAGUGUGUUUGACAACAGUGGGUUUGACAACAGUGUGUUUGACAACAGUGGGUUUGACAACAGUGUGUUUGACAACAGAGUGUUUGAAAACAGUGGGUUAGACAACAGUCGGUUUGACAACAGUGGGUUUGACAACAGGGCCUUGACAACAGAGGGUUUGAGAACAUGAAAGAAUAUAUAGCACACAGGAGAAAUAUAACACACAGGAAGACAUAUAGCCCUCUGGUAGAAAUAUAGUACUCAGGAAGACAUAGCACAGGAAGAAAUAUAGCGCAAUGGACGAAGUAUAGCACACAGGAAGAAAUAUAGCACAAUUGACGAAAUACAGCACACUGAAGAAAUAAAGCACACAGGAAGAAAUAUAGCACACAUGAAGAAUAUAACACACAGUAAGAAAUAUAACAGACAGGAAGAAUACGGCACACGGGAAGAAAUAGACAGAGGGUUUUGUAAAACCUGAAGGAGGACAAAACAAAACUGCUGGCUUUUCGGCUAGAGGCCUCCAACAGCCAUAUACAGCAGCAAUAUACAACAGCAAUAUACAGCAGCAAUAUACAGCAGCAAUAUACAGCAGCAAUAUACAACAAUGAAACUAAAUACCAUCCACAUAUUUUUUUUUAAAAACCUACAAGCUAUUCCAAAUACAAAGAAAACAGUAUAAAUUAAAUUUCCCCAAAACUUCAGAUUUCAUACAGGCGUAUGACUAAAAAUGUCCGGGGGGGGGGGCGCCAACAACCUCAAUGAUCUGCAAAUCGCAAAGACAUGAAAGAAGCGGUGGAGCUAAUUUCUUCCGACGUGUUAAGAUCAGGUUCGAUUUGGAGCAUACAAAAGUAAUGCAAGGAAGUUGUGAGAACUCAUAUCUCCAUGAUCCCGGUAAUCUCUAUCAUAACAGUGGUGCCACGUGACUUUCACUUUGCAAUCAUUGCAAACCUCAAAACGUGCCCAGCGCUGUGUUUCUCGAGUCAUAGGACAUCGUGGUAUUGCGUGGGCGCCUUACGCUUUUUAACGCUUUGACACGGUACAAUAUGUGGGUUAUUGUUCUCUACCAUCUGCGGGUAUGAGGCGGUACAUCAUGUGGAGACAAGUAGGUACAGUGGGUAGGUCUAAAGUGCCACUUAUUCUUCAAUCCUUUAUGUAAACUUCGAUUUUGUUCGAGUUUUUCUUUCUUGCUGGGUGGAAAAAAAAUCUUCGAAUUGCGCAUUGACCCACUUCCUGUCAAACUGUCGAGCGGAAACUUGGCACAUAGACUCGAUGCCGAUGACAAACAUUCUGUCAAAUACCAAGCCUAACAGCCCCCCCUCUUUUUUUUUUCCACCCCAAAAAUAUGUUUUUCCUUUUUUUUUUUUCAAAGAAAAAUUCCUUUUCAAGGAAAUAUGAUGUCACUCAUUUCACGACAUAAUAUUCCCGAUAAGUGUGCUAAAUUAGAUUCUUUUUUUAAAAAUCACAAAUACGUUUGGUGCGUAAUUUUUUGUUCUGUUUUUUCUGAAAUAGUUGGUGUAAUAAAAGCGGAUGGGUCACUACAAUAUAUAUAUAUAUAGUUCAGUGGCGUGGGUGGGGGUAAUUCUUAUAUAGUAAGUAACUUCAUUGCAUUUUUAUCCAACUGUAACCCCAGCUCUAAUUGCUGGAUAUUACGUUUUAAAAAUGAUUUAUAAGAGAAACAUUUUAAGGGUUGUUAUAAUAUGGAUACAUUCAAUAAAUUUUGUGUUAGAUGGUUAUCAUUUUCAGAAGCAAAAUUUUAAUAACUCGGUAGCCAAUAUAAAUGUAAAGCACAUGUCAAGCUAUAUCGCUGUAGCAGAGCCUCUGAUAUUAACUGUUAAUAUUUUUAAAUGUAAAUGCGUAAUUUAAAAACUUUUUUAAAAUUUAAAAAAAAUAUGAGGAACAGAAUUAAAAUGUGUUUAAUUAGAUAAUAAAAGGAUGACGGUUCCCUCUCCACGCAUCCCUAUUUCAAGGCCAUUUUCUCAUCUCCAACAGCACAGGAUGUCAGCCUCCCACAUGCUGUUGGUCCUAGCCUCUCUAAUGCUGUUUAGCAAUGGCCGCGCCUUUCCGUCAUCCCUAGAGGAUUCCUUCCAGCCCAGCCACAAACUGUCAGUCGACUUGGACGAGAUACUGCCGUUACUCUCAAAGGACGCCCAACGUGCAGCUGAGGUUCCGCUGAGGGAGCUUGUCCUGAGAGAGCUUCUCGACGACACCCAGCAUGUCGUGGAGCGCAGGGACAAGGGACGUUCUAAAUACUUGCUAGGUGGCGCUUUGGGCCGCUAAAUUAUGGUCACAGCUCUGCGUGUCCUGAGUGAGCGUAAAUUUACCAAAGAUUUAACAUGACCAAAUAUCAGUGCUAUACACAGUGCUAUACACAGUGCUAUACGCAAUGCUAUACAUAACACACACAGAAUCAACUACAUGUUAAAGUUUAUCUCAUUUGUAUGAGAAUGUUUAAUAAAUUGUAUUUGUUGUAAAUAAAUGACAUUUAUUUUCAUUUAUUUUCCUCGUAAGAAUCUCAACGAUUUAUAAAAAGUAAGAAUACACUGGCACCUUUCAAAUAAAAACCAAG